CCCCCACCUACAACGCACACAAUGACGACUCAGUCCUGGGAGACCAUCGCGGCCAACAAGCGCGCCCAGCGCGACGCCCUCAUCCCCGACGAGUGGAAGGUUGAUGUCCCGGAGUCGGUCAUCAACGUUAUCGACGUGCCCCGUACCUCUGGCAUCCUCUCGCCCGCCGAGAUCAAGAUCACCGAGACGGACGCCUCUACCCUCGUCAAGCAGAUCCUCGCCAAGGAGCUCACGUCCGAGGCUGUCACCCUCGCUUUCUCGAAGCGCGCCGCCAUUGCGCAGCAGCUGACCAACUGUCUCACUGAGAUCUUCUUCGACGAGGCCCUCGCGACCGCCAAGAAGAUUGACGCCGAGUACGCUGCUACUGGCAAGGCUAUCGGUCCUCUCCACGGUCUGCCCGUGUCGCUCAAGGACAACUUCAAUGUCAAGGGCCUUGACACCACCGUCGGCUUCGUCGCCUGGGCCAACGAGCCCCAGCAGGCCGAGAGCGAGAUGACCAAGAUCAUGCGCGAGUCGGGCGCCGUCCUCUUCUGCAAGACCAACGUCCCCACCGCCAUGAUGAUCGCCGAGUCGUACAACAACGUCUGGGGCUACACCACCAACCCUUACAACCGCAAGACAUCGGCCGGUGGUAGCUCGGGCGGCGAGGGUGCUCUCCUUGCGCUGAAGGGCUCGCCAUUGGGCGUUGGUACCGACAUUGGCGGCUCCAUUCGUAUCCCCUCUGCCCUCAACGGUAUCUACGGCCUCAAGCCGUCGUUUGGCCGCUUCGCGACCUACGGCGCUCGCUCCGGCAUGCCCGGCCAGGAGGCCGUGAAGUCGAUCAACGGCCCCAUGUCCUCUGAUCUUUCGUCGGUGGAGCUGUGGUCCAAGACUGUCGUUGGCUCCAAGCCUUGGGAGAGGGAUCCGAACAUGCUCCCCAUCCCUUGGCGUGAGGUCGAGCUUCCCCAGCAGCUCGCGUUCGGUCUGAUCCUCGACAAUGGCAUUGUCCGCCCCACGCCUCCCGUCACCCGUGCGCUGCUCGAGACCAAGGCCGCCCUCGAGAAGGCCGGCCACAAGGUCAUUGUCUGGUCGCCCUACGAGGCGCUCAAGGCCCAGAGCUUGCUCGAGCGCUUCUUUGUCGGCGACGGCGGCCAGAAGAUUGCCGGGUUCAUCAAGGACGGAAGUGAGCCCUGGCCUGUGGGCCUUAUCCCUUACAAGGAGGCGCACGACAAGCUCGCCUCAGAGCCCCCGCUCGUCGGCAACCUCUGGUCGCUGCAGGCUGAGCGCACGGCUUACGCCAAGGGCGCUCUCGACCACUGGAUGGCCUCCAAGAGCCUGACCGGCACUGGACGGCCAUUCGACGGUGUCAUUGCUCCCGUCACCGCCUACUCCGCGCCUCCUCACCACACGUUCGAGCACGUCUCGUACACCUCUAUGUGGAACAUCACCGACCAAUCGUCUGUCGUGUUCCCUGUCGGGUUCGCGACCCCGAACGACGCCAAGCCUGCUGGCGGCAUUGGCGAGUACCGCAGCGAUAUGGAGAAGAGGAUUUGGGAGAGGUACGACCCCCAGGAGAUUGCCGGUGCCCCCGUGUCCCUUCAGGUCGUCACGGCGCGCCUCGAGGAGGAGAAGGCGAUCAAGCUUACCGGCGUCAUUGCCGCUGCGCUUGCCGACAAGUAAAUUAGCAUGUAGACUGGUUUGUAGGGCUCUACUGGGACAUGUACCACAGUUGUCGUUGUG